AUGGAGACUCUGACCCCCAUUGUUCCGGACGAGAUCAUACUUGAAAUACUCUAUGUAGCAGUUGAGGACUUCACCCUGGAGGAGGUUUUUGACCUCAGACGUGUCAAUACCCUAUUCGCAGAUGAACUCCUCAAAGGAAUCGUGCGCAACCACCGUCUAGAAGAUGAGGGCUUCUACGUCCGCCUUGGGGAAUUCCAGGAAAUCCAGAAGGCUGCAUGGGAAAGCUGCCCAGUCACACUCCGAGUACAAUACCUGCGUCUGAGGCUUGAAAGCCACCAGAGACGACCCACCGCGUUUACUACCUACAUGACCGAGGUCUUGCAGUUGGACGAAGUCAAGAACGCCGAUCCUGCAGAGCAAGAGGUGAUACUUGACAGACUUCUCUACGGCGCAACAGCCACUCCAAUGCUCGAAUACACCAGAUUCAUCGAGCCCUACGAUACUCACCACUCUGCCACACACGCGAACGAACAUCCUUUAAAUCCCAAGCUAUCAUAUGACACCCUUCUAGCCGCUGGGGCCGUGCUUCGUGGCGACGAGGAAGAAUUCGCCCGCAUCUUCGACGACGAUGGAGAUAUACCCCAAGAAUGUGGACACUUUUUCGUCGUACCCCUCUACGUUCUGGCAAUGUAUGGAACUCUCAGCAUGGCCAGGGCCGUAGUCAGAAAGAGCGUUAUAUUCCGCAACAAUCCAAAGGUGAGUGUCUCACCGCUACUUCACCUCUCGGUUGCGAAAGGGAACAAAGAGCUCGUCAAUGUAUGGAUGCCCAUACUGAGGGCAAAGUUGGAAAUCGAUUUCCUAGACGAAAUGGAGGCCGCACUCGUUGGCCCUCAUGGAUUUUCAAAUCCGGACAUGGUCAUAUUCGUGCUUCAGCGUUGCCUGAUGACAGAUCACUGCCUCUAUUACAUGCUUCUUGGGACCGCUGUGGAGUACGGUCACAUCGACAUUGUGGAUUUCAUCUUGCAGUAUGAAUAUUUCGAUGCAUCCGAUGCUGAAUUCCACUGUUGGAGCCUUCCCCUUGAACUAGCCAAGGAUAUUGAGGACCGCGACGACAGGAAACAAAUGAUCGAGUUGUUGGUCAGCGCCGGAUUCGAUGCAGAGGUCUUGGUGCGUCGAGUUGAGGGGAGGCGCGUGGUGUUGGUGACGACCAGCGAGUCCGAUGACCUAGACGACGACGACGAUGAGGACAGCGACGGCGAGGAAGGUGAGGAUGACAUGGAGUGGGAAGAGCUUGAAGCAGUGUUACACCCUGACAUCGAAUUUAGAGAUGAUGAGUGGCAUCUGACGGUAAGGAUGUCUGAGCUGAAGUUUUGA